AUGUCCCUUUCACAACGCGUUAUCAUCAUCGGUGCGGGAAUCGUCGGCACUAACCUCGCCGAUGAGCUGGUCUCUCGAGGAUGGACGGAUAUCACCGUCGUCGAGCAAGGCCCGCUGAAUAUGCCUGGCGGGUCGACGUCACAUGCUCCCGGCCUCGUCUUCCAGACCAAUACCUCCAAAACCAUGACACACCUCGCACGCUACACAGUUGAGAAGCUUCUAUCGAUUGAGAAGGAUGGGCAAAAGUGUUUCAACCAGGUGGGUGGGCUCGAGGUUGCCACCACGCCGGCACGGCUGGAGGAGCUAAAGCGUAAGCUUGGAUAUGCCUCCGCAUGGGGGAUCGAGGCACGUCUGGUGAGCGCCGAGGAGUGUUUUAAAAUGUACCCUCAUUUGAACCAUGAUAUGGUGUUGGGGGGUUUGCAUAUUCCCAGUGAUGGUCUCGCACUAGCAGCUCGUGCCACACAGCUCCUUAUCGAACGCACGAAACAGGCGGGCGUCAGGUACCUUGAACAUACGCCAGUUACCGGUAUCGAGCGUGCAGGCUCUCGUGUGACCGGAGUGACUACCUCCAACGGAAGCAUUCCAGCAGAUAUCGUGGUCUCCUGUGCUGGUUUCUGGGGUGUUGAGCUAGGAGCCAUGGUUGGAGUGCAGAUUCCUUUACUUCCCCUAGCACACCAGUAUGCGAAGACAACUGCGGUCCCUGCCCUCGCUAGCCGUGAUAUCAACUCCCAGAUCAACGGCAUGAAUGCUACUCUUCCAAUUCUCCGACACCAAGACCAGGACCUCUACUACCGUGAACAUGGUGAACAGUACGGUAUUGGAUACUACGGACACCGUCCAAUGCCCGUUAUUGCUUCCUCACUUGGUCUAACACCAAAGCAUGUCGACGAACACAAUAUGCCCUCUCGUCUGGAAUUCACAAAAGAAGACUUCGACCCUGCCUGGAAAGAAACCCAGUCUCUCCUUCCCAUCCUUCAAGAAACCGAGAUCGCCGACGGCUUCAAUGGUGUAUUCUCAUUCACACCUGAUGGAGGCCCAAUUCUCGGCCAACCGUCUCACCUCGACGGCUUCUACGUAGCCGAAGCAGUGUGGGUCACGCAUUCAGCCGGUGUCGCGCGAGCCCUGGCUCAGAUCCUCACAACUGGCCACUCGGACAUCGACGUCUCAGAAUGCGAGCUAUCCCGCUUCGAGGAGAUCCAACUCAGUCCCGAAUAUGUGAGCGAGACGUCGCAGCAGAACUUCGUUGAGAUAUACGAUAUUCUUCACCCGCUUCAACCGCGCGAGUCUCCUCGCAAGCUUCGUGUCAGUCCCUUCCACGCCCGCCAACAAGAGCUCGGAGCUUUCUUCCUAGAGACGGGUGGUUGGGAGAGACCGUGGUGGUACGAAGCGAACAAAGAUCUGGUCAAGGCUCUCCCGGCAUCAUGGAGGCCUGUCGAGAGAGAUGCUUGGUCGGCACAGUUCCAUUCGCCCAUUUCCGCAGCCGAGGCUUGGAAGACACGAAACGCGGUCGCCAUGUUUGAUAUGACUUCCUUUCAUCGAUUUGAGGUCUCUGGUCCAGGCGCUGUUCAAUUACUCCAACGAUUGACCACCGGCAACAUGACCGCCAAGCCAGGCAGCGUCACCUACACCCUUCUUCUCGACAAUCAUGGUGGUAUUCGCGGCGACAUCUUCGUGUCCAGAUUGGAAAAUGAUGUAUUCCAAAUCGGCGCAAACAGUGCAACCGAGCUAGCCUACCUCCAAAAAGAGGCGCGCCUUCAAGGAAAACACGCCAGCCAAUGGGCCCAAGUCCGCGAUAUCACAGGCAGCACAUGCUGCAUCGGCCUCUGGGGUCCGCGCGCUCGGGAAGUCAUCAGCGCAAUCAGCGCGGACGACUUCUCCAACAAAGCCCUGCCUUACUUCGGAGUUAAGAAAACCAUUCUCGCCGGUAUCCCGGUAACAGUUAUCCGCAAGUCCUACGUCGGCGAGCUAGGCUGGGAAAUUCAGUCCAGCGCCGAGUAUGGCCAGCGGCUUUGGGACAUUAUCUGGCAAGCAGGAAAAUUGCACGGUCUCAUUGCCGGCGGCCGUAGCGCUUUCAACUCAUUGAGAAUUGAAAAGGGGUAUCGAAUCUACGGUGUGGAUAUGACCACCGAACACAACCCCUUCGAAGCUGGAGUCGCCUACGCUAUUGACUCAAAUAAGAGUUAUGACUUCGUUGGCAAGGCUGCUAUCCAGCGUCUCUCAACACAAACACCUACUCGUCGUCUCCGGCCUCUGACUAUUAAUGAUGGUCGUUCAGUCGUCCUGGGCAAGGAACCUGUCUUCUACAAAGGAAAGGCAGUUGGCUAUGUCACAAGCGCCGCAUUCGGGUACACGAUUGGCCAGCCUGUUGCGUAUGCUUGGCUUCCUGGGAGUGUGAACGAUGGUGAAAGUGUGGAGAUUGAAUACUUUGGAAAGCGGAUCCAGGCGACGGUCUCGGCGGAGGCACUUUAUGAUCCCGAGAUGAGUCGUCUCAUCCAAGACGCUGCGCCUAUUUCGCCUGGUCCGCGGACUGCUUUCAGGUCAAGACUUUGA